AUGAUUGAAUACUUAUCCAUGGCUAAUGAAGACAAAAGAUUGCCAAAGAAGAGUGAUGAGGUUCAAUUCAGAAUAUUAGACUUCGUUACACUUCAAUUCCUUGAACGUAUCGAUGAUAUCGUUGGGAAAACUCAUCUCCGGAAGGCACUACAUCGAUGGUUUCGGUUAGCUGACCAUAUUUUUUGUUUCAAUUGUGGGCUGUGA